AGUUCAUGUGUAUGUCAGCCAGGAUAUAGGAUGGUUUCUAGUAAUGGUGGAUCCUCCAUUAUCUGUGAAAAAUGCCCAGAAAAUAUGAGUGGAGUUACUCAAGAUGGAUGGAAUUGUAUUAUUUGCCCUAAAGGCCUAACUUCAGAAGGAAAAUGUAAAUGCCCUAAUAAUGAGAUAUUAGUGGAACGAAGCGUCGAUGGCAUUUUGCUUGAUGAAGCAUCGUGCGUACGGUGUAACGGAAGUGAGCAAUCGUUCUCUGCUUCAGAUGUGUCAGGAGAUAGGUGUGCAAGAUGUGAACAAACAUUCAUCAACGUAAGCAAGUCUUGCGACUGCAGCAGCCCAAACCUUUUAACUGGGGGAUUGUGUUUCAGUGCUAGUCAAAGCUUACUCCCAAAAGGAAUUGCAACUGUUCGUUUUGGACAGCUAGGUAUAACACUCACAUCAGCAUGGUUUCUGAAGAACCUGCAGUCCUCAGCCUCUGCCUGUUGGUUGUACUCUAAUCUAACAGCGUGCCAAGCUCUUGGAAAUAUGUGUGUCAUGAAUAUGAACUCACUGAGUUCUUCAAGUACAGAUGCCUGUGGCUUAUUUCAGUAUAUUUACAUCAAUACAGCAAGGCUAGGCAUUGUUCAUUCUAUAACCUUCUGGAGGCAUAACCUUCCAUGGCUAUAUUACGGUGAUCAACCAGGAUUAGCAUCCCAAGUGCUUGAGGCAUCUACAGUCUUCAGUUUUAAAGGAACAGAUAAGAAUUUAAAGCUGCAAUUUAUUGCAGCCUCAUUUGAUGCAGGAGGAAACUUUCUUAAAUGGCAAAGUUUGGAAGGAGGCCUCUUACAGCUUUGUCCUGAUACCCAAACUAAAUUGAAUGCAGCUUAUGCAUUUGGAACAACUUACCAGCAAAGUUGCAAAAUUUCACUCUCCAAGAUUUUAUUGGAUUUUGCUAAUCCAAUCUUUUAUGACCUAUUCCUUGAAUAUAAUGGUGGCAAUGGACAACAGAAUCUCUGGGCCGUGCCAGUUUUAAACUUGAAUCUUCAAUACAGUGACAAGUUUGUUAAUCAAGGCAGUAAUAUGAACAACUGGCUUUUGACUCGUCGAUUUUUUUUGGUGGAUGCACUGAGUGGAAAGGAGAAUGACUUGGGAAAACUACCAAGAGUAAUUCGGAUUGCUAGCAAAAUAACAAUAAGUAUUCGUCUGGUAUCCCGUACUCCAAGAGGAACUAUCUACCCUCCUCUAAUUACUAUUGCUUACACAGACGUUCUUGUCCAAAACCCUGAAGCCCAGAGUGUGAUGGUUUCGUUCUCAGUCAAUUAUGAGAUGAAUCAGUCAGAGGCUGAGAUUCAGACUGAUAUUGCGCUGGGUGUGUUGGGUGGACUCGCAGUGUUAUGGGCCCUUCUCAGGACUGCAGGCUGGAAGAAGCGUACAGGAAGCUCUAUAAUUGACUUGCAGACAGUUUUGAAGUUCCUCCUGUUUUAUGCUGGAGACCUUGCCAACGUUUUCUUUAUUGUCACAGUGGGCACAGGGAUUUAUUGGCUUGUGUUCUUCAAAGCUCAGCAGUUUGUCUCUGUCCUUUUACCACUUCCAUCUCAAGAAGAUGAUUUUGUUACAUACAUAGCAUGCGCAUUUAGUUUAAAGGCUUUGCAAUUCUUACAAUUGCUGGUUUCACAACUUACUAUAGAUAUUUUCUUUAUUGACUGGGAAAGACCUAAGGGCAAAGUUCUCAAAGCAGUUGAAGGCGAAGGUGUUGUUAAAAGUGCUGCUGCACCUGUGAGCAUAUGGAGGACGUAUUUUAUAGCAAAUGAAUGGAAUGAAAUUCAGACAAUGAGGAAGAUAAAUCCCCUCUUUCAAGUGCUUGCAGUUCUUUUUUUCCUGGAGGUGGUGGGAUUUUCAAAUCUGGCUUUAAUGGAUUCUUCUUCCAGUCUUACAAGAAGCAGUGAGAGUUACAUAGCUCCUUGGAGCCGCAUUUUAAGAUUUGGUGUGUCUGCUGCGCUCUGGCUAGCCAUUGCCUUCUUACAGAUUAUAUUUUUUUCUGUGUUUUAUGAAAGAUUUGUUGAAGAUAAGAUAAGCCAAUUUGUUGAUUUGUGUUGCAUGAGCAAUAUUUCGGUGUUUCUGUUGUCACACAGCUGCUUUGGUUAUUAUAUCCAUGGUCGCUCUGUGCAUGGACAUGCAGAUACCAAUAUGGAAGAAAUGAAUAUGAACCUAAAGAGAGAAGCAGAAAAUCUAUGUAGUCAGAGAGGUUUGUUACCAAACACAGAUGGCCAGACAUUCCAGAUUUCCAUUUCAAGAAAAAUGCGACUACACUAUGACAUUAUUCAUGAAACCCUAACAAGAAAACGUGGUCCUGCUCGGCUUUUGGACUCAUCUGCAACUUCUUCUGAACAAAGCACAAAGGCCUACAACACCAUGAACAAAUUUCUCAGUUCCUUUAUCGAUCACGUUCAUAAAGAAAUUGAUUAUAUUGUUAAAGAUAAGUUGCCGCUUGAACGGAUUCUUGGCAUGGAGUUCAUGGAACCGAUAGACAAAAGCAUUUUUUACAAUGAUGAAGGAAACUCUUUCAGUGAUGUUCUUUAUUAUGGCAAUGAAACAACACUGCUCAUCUUUGAUAUCCUGUUUUUCUCCGUUGUGGACCUGGCUUCCCAAAGUUUUGUUUUAGCUGCUAUUCUAACAUAUUUGCAACAAGAGAUCUUUAGGUUUAUUCGUAAUACACUGGGGCAGAAGAAUUUGGUAUCCAAAACCUUGGUAGAUGAAAGAUUCCUUAUUUAA